CCCCCCUGCCACCAAACGAUAAGAACACAAACGAUCGCUAAAGAGCAACAAGCCUACAUAUUGAGCUUCAGUCGUCGUUCAUUAUCCGCGCAGCAUUCUUAGAGUGACUGUUUGGACGGCAUCCCACCGCGCGAUUCAACGGCUGCCACCAAGAUGGGCUUCUUCGAUAACGUGAUGCUCAGGCUCGACGAGAACAUCAUCGGGAUUUUUGGGCAAUGGAACGCUUACUCGAGCCUGCUCGUCACGCUGUUCCUAGGCCUACUGACGUACUCAAUCGCAACCCGGCGCGAUCCUGAUACGCACCCGAUGCUUCUCGCCCGACAGGCCGAUGCUUCAAGGGUCCGUCAGGAGGGGGAGUCAGCAGUAUACCGAUCUCAUUCGGCCCCCCACGGCAUGGAACUCAAUGCUGGCCUCAACGUAAAGGACCCCGGUGCCUCUAAGUGGGCAAAGGGCCGAGAUGGCGAUCUGCGGGAUAUCUGGCGACAAGCUGUCAACGGCGUGCAAGAAGACGGACCUUCAAAGGGUGCCACUGGCCGGAUAUUCACGGUGCUGGGCACCGAGAACGUCACCGAGCAUAGCCUUGACGCCAUCACUCGCCAGAUCAACUUGAUUGGACAGCAUAUCCUCGACCAGGGUGGGAAUCGCGUCGCCAUCUACCUUCCAAACUCGGUGGAAUUCAUCGCUACGCUCUUCGCAUGUAGCUUCUAUAACCUGACGGCCAUAUUGAUUCCAUUUGACCAACCCGACGACGCCGUCAUCUCGAUGCUCAGAAGGUCAGCUGCCGAUACCGUCGUUGCAGUGCCAGGGUCUUUCCCGUUCGAUAGCGUUGUGAAGUCCUACCCGGCUCUUCGCCAGCUGGUCUGGGUUGUGGACGAAGGCAGCAACCACAUGGACUGGAACGAGGUGCCGCAGGGCAUGGGAGGCAGUGUUAAUGUCUCCACCUGGCAAGAUAUCGUUAAUGAGCCAGGGCAAUCCGCUGCGACGGAGUUGCCCCCGGUUGAGGGUCAGAAGGAGCCGCGGGACGUGACCAUCUUCUGGGAAGCCAAGCCUGGCGCGAUGGAAGAAAUGGUCCGAUUCACAGCCGCGAACUUGGUCUCCGGUGUUGCGGCACAGCUCUUCGCCAUCCCGACUGCCCAGAGAAUGGGACCAUCGGACUUGUUCCUCCCUGCCGACUCACUGACCCGGACGUACACGCUCGUGCUCACUCUUGGGGCGUUGCACUGCAACGCAUCCGUCGCCUUCAAUUCAGUGGCUAACAAGGCCCCUGACCUUACUGUCGCUACGAGAGGGAUUGCGCCAACCGUCAUUGUCGCCACGCCGUCCCAGCUCCUGAAGACCCACGCGGAAGCCAGUCGCUCAACCUCGUCCUUCGUCGCCCGCAACAUCCACCGGCUACAGACAAACAGCCUGACCCAGGGCAACGUGAUGCCUGCGGUGUCGCUUCUGACGAAAUACAACGACAGCCUUCGGCCGUCCGUCGGCACAACACCGGGCAAGCUGCGCGUCGUCUUCACGGCCGACAGAGCAGGAGCAGGCUCGGAGCCGCUACCAUCGGCCGUCCUCUCGGAUCUGCGCAUCUACACCGGUGCCCGCCUGAUCUACGCCCUGACCGCCCCGAAGGUGGCUGGCGCUGUCACUCAGACUGGCUUCUACGACUACCGAGUUUUUGAAGACAAGCGCUCCCACUUCGGACCGCCUCUGUCGAGCACUGAGGUCCUCCUGAGAGACACGGCAGAGCAUAAGACGACGGAUCAAGAGAACCGGGGCGAGAUCAUCGUCAGGGGUCCAUGCGUGGCGGGCAACGAGGCUGCCUUGGGAGUGGUGGGCGUCAUUCGCGACGACAACACCCUGGCAUGCGUUUAGUUGGGCUUUGGGUGCGCAGAAUUUGAUGACUCUUAUGAAUUUAUUGCAGUCUCCCGAGUCUUAUCGUUUCCCGUAAUUGGCUUCGAUGACAAGAGUCUUGCACCCAUCUACUCGUGUUUAUAGAUUACCCAAGUACCCCAUUUCGCAAAGUCGCAAAUCUGAAAACCUAUUCAUCCACUAUAAUGAAUUCUUGACAGUGAUUCCCUGCCGUGUACAUACAAUUGCCUUCAUUUUGCGCAUGUCUCUGCCUUGCCUCAUAUCGUCAAAUCACCCCAUCAUCGGAAACCCCCAACGCCGGCAGCAAACCCGUAGUAAUUAGUUAACCCCCCUUUCUUCCAAGUCCCAGUUCCAGUCCCGGUUCGUCCAAUAACUCAUGCACCAUUCCUGUACACCUGGGCCCCCUGGUUCCUGAACAUGAUGGUGUCCCUCCU